GUCGCACGCCUCGAUUCAGUAGCCCUCCAGAAACGCCGAGCCGUGGAAGAGCGCCGAGUUCGAACGGGUUUCGAUUAGACGUAAAAUAGAAUUCUAUAUUUACAUAUAUACAACAUCUGGAUAUCAUGUCCGCGCCCACGCUAAAUCUGGCCGCCGUUGUCAAGGAGGCAAAGGACGAGGAGAUCCAAGUGCCCAAGUCGAACGAUUUCUUCGAGUCGAAAACCUUCCGGCUGCUCACCCUGGUGCUCUACAUGGGCGGUGUCAGCGGCAUGGGCCUAACCCUGGCCAUGUACUAUCUGUUCAUCUGGGACUCGCGUAUGCCGCCGCUGCCCGUCUUCAAGCAUACGCAUCCCAUUGGCUAGACGCAGGACCCAUUGGACACCAAACUCUACCCUCUUCCUCUUU